CUCUCAACUGAUUCUAAGGCUUUAGUAUUAAUCUAGGAGGUGAAGAAGCACAUCUUAUUUAAGUUUGAUUUUUAUGAUCUUUUUCAUGUUUAGCGUAAUGAUUAUUGAAAAAUUAGUUGGUGGCAGUAUCUUUUUGAAGAACUGCUACACCUUUUUGAAGAAAUCAGUUUUUUUUUUUUAAUCUCAAAAUUUGUUCAUUCCCUUGUUAGUCUUAAUCAAGCAACACUAGUUAAGUCUAAAUAGUAAUUAUUUAUGCCCUUGAGCUAAAAGCUCCUGUAAUGUCUGCUUUAAAUUCUUCCUGGCCUCUAUUCAUAUCACCAAAAUUUACAUAAUCUUGUUUGUUAACAAACUUUAGAAAUUUCAGUCCUGCUCAUGAAUUGCCCUCUCUUCCUUUCUGAGUCCACUUUGUUAUAGGCAUAAAGUUGGGGGUAGUAUUUUCAAAGGAUUUGUUUGUAUAUUGUUUUUUUUGUGUAAACCUUAACUUCCUUACCUUUUAUCUCUUUUCUUCUGCCGCAUUUGUUAAGAUAUUGAUUUUGUGAGUGAGUUUUUAUAUUGACCUUUUGCAAGGGUUUUAUCAAUCUACUAAUAAUUUAUGUCAGCAUAUUUAAUAGCUUUCUACCACUGUGAAUCCUGAACAAGAUUAAAUAAUAUUCUAUUGAGGGUAUUAUGCUUUUGAUAAACCUUGUUCUAGGUUGGAAGCUCGUGCAUCUUUGCCUUCCCUGAUUUAAAUGAUCACAACUAUUCUGAGUUUUCUUCUGACAGAUGAUUCUGGGGAUGCUAUUUACAGUGUUAUCUGCCUAGGUUUUUGUGAUUGCUUAUAUUGCUUCCUGAUGGGUAGGUGGCAAAUUUUUACCUGAAAUUUAUUCAAGCAACAAUAUGGAAUGCACUCUGGCCCUUUAAUUGUGUAUUAGCUUCAUAUCUUGCUAUUUUUGGUUUCUACCCGGUUCAAGUAGCAUUGGACCGGGUCUUGUAUUUACACAAUACUUUUUGUGCAGAUUCUUUACACUUGCCAAGUUUCACAUGCAAUUAUUAGACUACAAGACCUGUACUUGGGAGCUUUAAAAGCAGGGUGGCAGUUAAAUCUGAGCAGCUGGCGCAAUAAGGAUUCCAUUUCAUAUGUUGAGGAAUCUUCUAUGGGCAACCUCGAAGCAUGAUGCAUAUCUUGUCCAAAACUACUCCCUAAUGCACUGGUCCGCCCUUCUUAGGAGGGGCAAAGAAGUACUAGAUGUUGCCAGACCUAUCGAGCCAACACUACCAUACCCCAGUUCCCCGACACAGACCCUGUCCAGAGUCCAAGUAAGCUCCAUGGCUGUUAAAGAUAAUCUACUGGUUGCAGGUGGUAUCAAGGGGGAGCUUAUCUGCAAGUAUUUAGACCAGCCUGGGGUUGCCUUUGCCACAAGAAUAAGCACCAGGGAAUUCGCUAUAACUAAUGCAGUGGACAUAUCACACAAUCCCAGUGGCACAGUACGAAUUAUAGCUGCGAACAACGAUGCUCAUGUGAGAAUAUAUGAUUCUGGGAAUUUCACAUGCCUCAACACUUUCUCCUUUCCUUGGUCUGUCAAUAACACUACGGCCAAUCCUGAUGGUAAAUUACUGGCAGUCCUUGGUGAUAGUACAGAGUGCUUGAUUGCCGAUGCUCAGUCUGGAAAGGUCGUAGGGAAUCUGAAGGGGCACUUGGAUUACUCAUUUGCUUCGGCCUGGCACCCAGACGGGCGAGUCCUGGCAACAGGAAACCAGGACACAACCUGCAGAUUGUGGGACAUCAGAAACCUCUCCCGGUCCUUUGCUCUGCUCAAGGGGAGAAUGGGCGCGAUCCGAGCCAUACGGUUCACCUCAGAUGGCCGGUUCAUGGCCAUGGCUGAGCCCGCAGACUUUCUCCAUAUCUACGACACACAGUCCGACUACACCAAGGCGCAGGAGAUCGACAUUUUCGGAGAGAUUGCCGGGUUCUCCUUCAGCCCUGAUGCUGAAGCACUGUUUGUUGGCAUUGCGGAUCGUACUUAUGGUAGUGUAAUGGAGUUUAACAGGAGGCAUUGUUACCGUUAUUUGGAUCCCAUAUAUUAGGACAAGGAUGGAUUUGGCAUUUCAUAGAUAUUGUACAUUUUGAAGGGUUUGGUGUAUUUUCGAAGGGUAAGCCUGGAAUUAAUGGACCCUUUUUGAGUCUGGACAGGAAGAAAGGAAAACUUGAUUUGCAAAGUUUGUUUGUAACCGAACCGGUUGUGUAUAUAUUUCGUACCCAAAUAGAGAGAGAUGGUAAUUAGUGACUUCAUUAAUUUUGGUA